UCCGAGCGAGAGCAGAUUUCUCCUGAGGACCGAGGAAAGCAGGGGGGGGGACGGACGUCUUGGGCCUCGUUUGCGAUCCCCGCGCGGCCCCCGAUGCCUUGCUAGAGCCGCGACUAAAACAAACGAGAGCCUUUCGGAUUCCGUUAAACGGACUCCUGCCACACACACCCCCCUCCCCCCCACGACCAGCACCAGCACUGGAUUUGGAAUUCCACGGAAGACAUUCAUCAGGAGGAAAUUCUUGAAAUUCUCCUCAUCCCUGCAACGCACCUCCAAACCUUUUCGGAGUUCCUUCGUUUUCUUCGGAAUCCAAACCACCAGACAGACGCGACGUCGGCUUCGACCCCGCAACCCCCCAAAACCAUGAGUCUGUCACGGAACGGGACUUUGGAGAAGGCGCCGGAGCCGCCCCACUCGGAGCCGAGUUCCCCCACGCGAGGGGCCGGAGCGGUGGUGCCCCCGCCGUACACCACGGGCGGGGCGGGCGACGACCCCCCGUUGGAGCUGAGGGGGUCCCUGGACUGCUGGGCCUGCUCCGUCCUGGUCACGGCGCAGAACCUGAUCAUCGCCGCCAUCAACGGCUUGCUGGCCGGCAUCGUCUUCGGGACCAUCCUCACCCCAGCGCUCGUCAUGAUUAUAUUCGGCUUCCUCUGCCACUCCACGGUGCAGCCGCACGGGACCUCGGUGUACUGUUCGGACCUGCUGGACGACGCCGGCUGUGUGGCGCUGCUGGUGGUGGGCUUCCUGCUGCUCACGCCGCUGCUGGUCCUGGCGCUGGCCGCCUUCUGUCGGCUGGCCCGCCACCUGCAGCUGGGCCUGUGCUUCAUUCCCUACAGCCGGGCCGUGUACAAGAACCUGCCGCCCGCUCGCAGCCGGGGGCCCGGAGUGGGCGGCUGCUGCGGCUUGCCGGAGGCCGCCGAGAGGGAGGGCAAGGGCAGCGUUUGGGUGUGAGGUGGGCGAGGGCGACCUCUGACAUUAGCCAAGAGAGAGAAUUUAUUACUUGUUUUUUUUUUUAUUUUUAUUAAUUCCUCUUUAAUGUUUUUUUUUUUUUAUUCGUUGUGAAAAUCAAUCCACUUCAGUCAAUGUUUAGCCAAAAGUUUUGUAUGCUACUCUUUGUAAGAUAUAUAUUUUUUUUCCCAAUAAAACCUUAUUCAAAAGUCGACGUAUUGUGAUUUUCAGCCUGCUAA